ACAACGGAACGUAGUAUGUGUACCAGGUUCUUACUUAUAGUAUUCUGGUAUUUGUUACAAAUUUUGGAUAUUAUAUUUUUGGAAAAGAAGAGACUGCAUCGGAUUUUGCACAUGGCGCCUACUAACGGGAAUGCAGCACAAGACGCAAAAAAUGAAUACAAAUAUAUACCAUUCAAAGAGAGGAAAUCAUUAGCCACGAGAAAAGCGGAACUAAAGGGCAUCAGAGAAAAAUUCCCAACAAAAAUGCCUAUAAUUGUCGAACGAUACAAAAAAGAAAAAUAUCUUCCCUUUCUUGACAAAACUAAGUAUCUUGUUCCCCAAGAGUUGACGAUGAGCCAAUUUGCCACGAUUAUAAGGAAUCGCAUGUGCGUGGGGUCAUCGCAAGCUGUAUAUUUCACUGUGAAUAAACGACACAUGCCGAACAUGUCAAUGACAAUUUCCGAAAUUUAUCAAGAUAACGUUGACGAAGAUGGAUUUUUAUACAUGACAUAUGCCUCGCAGGAGAUGUUUGGAUGAAUUAUGGUCAGCGAACAUUUUUGAACAGUAUCAUUCUGAGCGUCAUGAGACGGUUUGACUAUAACUGUGACAAGAAGUAGUGAUGAUAUCGGUUUGGCCUUAGAUUGCAGACAAAGAAAGCAUUGAGUCAAAAGGUGCUUAUGAUUCUUAACUCAAUUAUAAACGAUUUUAAACCCAUAUUAGGAAAAAUGAACGGAAUUAGUGUCUGAUAAUAAUUCAAGCUGUAUCCGUCCAUAAGACUUUCCACGGUGUACUGCGUUGAUCUUUGCCACUCUUUCUUAUUUUUAGACUAUAAGUUCAGCAUGGUUUUCUAAAAUGGUUAUAAGGGAACCUGUUUUUAAAUCUCAUCACCGAUGGUCAGAGAUGACUGAACAUCCAGCAAGGUUGCAGUGUUAUUUGACUGUGGGAUGAGCAUCGUAACACUUUCAGUUUAGUAAAUAAAACCUCAGGCUUGACAUCAUCAAGCAUAUUUAAACAGCAUUUGAAGCUUUUAGCAAGUGUCGUCAACGCUGCGAAUUCAUGCUGAAAUCUUACUGUGGUAUGCGGGAAAUAUUAUAUGAUUUGUGUGAAUUUUUGUACCAAUAGUAUUUUUAAUAAACGUUUGCAAUAAAUUCUAGCACCGUCA